CGGGGCGGGGCUUGACGUACGCGUGUGGAGCGUGGGUUCGCGUACUGCCGCGGGUCCCGUGCGCCCGUGGAGCGCGGUUCCGGGAGAACCGACAAGCUGCGGAAGCCGAGGGUUGCCGCACGCCCGCCUUGGCUCCGUGCCUGCGCGCGCCGGAGAGCGGGCCGAGCCCGCCAUGGCUCACCGCUGCCUGCUGCUGUGGGGCAGGGGCGGCUGCCGUCGCGGCCUCCCUCCGCUGCUCUUGCCCAGCGGCUGCCUGGGUCCGGGGCGGCGGCCCUUCCUCCGCACGCUCUACCAAUAUGCUACAGUGCAGACAACAACCAGAAACUCUCUUCUGAGGGAUGUAAUUGCUGCUUAUCAAAGGUUCUGUUCCCGACCUCCCAAAGGAUUUGAAAAAUACUUUCCUAAUGGAAAAAAUGGAAAAAAGGCUACCGAACCUAAGGAAGCUGCUGGAGAAAAAAAAGACUCACAACCAGCGGCUCCCAAGUCUUCCGGAGGUGCAGGUGAUGGGGGAGGGAAACGCCGUGGCAAGAAAGAAGAUUCUCAAUGGUGGUCCAGGUUCCAGAAGGGUGACCUUCCAUGGGAUGACAAGAAUUUCAGGAUGUACUUUUUCUGGACUGCUUUCUUUUGGGGUGGAAUCAUGAUUUACUUCCUGUUCAGGAGUUCUGGGAGAGAAAUCACAUGGAAGGACUUUGUCAAUAACUACCUUUCUAAAGGCGUGGUGGACAGACUAGAAGUUGUCAACAAGCGAUUUGUUCGUGUGACCUUCACACCAGGAAAAACUCCGGUUGAUGGGACAUUUGUCUGGUUUAACAUUGGCAGUGUAGACACCUUUGAGCGGAACCUGGAGACUUUGCAGCAAGAAUUGGGCAUAGAAGGGGAGAACCGGGUACCUGUGGUCUAUAUUACUGAAAGUGAUGGUUCCUUCCUGCUGAGCAUGUUGCCCACGGUGCUCAUUAUCGCUUUUCUACUCUACACCAUAAGAAGAGGGCCUGCUGGCAUUGGUCGGACUGGCCGAGGAAUGGGUGGACUCUUCAGUGUUGGGGAAACCACGGCAAAGGUCUUAAAGGAUGAGAUAGAUGUGAAGUUCAAAGAUGUGGCUGGCUGUGAGGAGGCCAAGCUAGAGAUAAUGGAAUUUGUGAAUUUCCUGAAAAACCCAAAGCAGUAUCAAGAUUUAGGAGCAAAAAUCCCAAAGGGUGCCAUUCUCACCGGCCCUCCAGGUACUGGUAAGACGCUGCUAGCUAAGGCCACAGCUGGAGAAGCCAAUGUUCCCUUCAUCACUGUCAGCGGAUCUGAAUUUCUGGAGAUGUUUGUGGGUGUUGGUCCAGCCAGGGUCCGAGAUUUAUUUGCCCUUGCGCGGAAGAAUGCCCCUUGCAUUCUCUUCAUUGAUGAGAUCGAUGCUGUGGGAAGGAAGAGAGGUCGAGGCAACUUCGGAGGGCAGAGUGAGCAGGAGAACACGCUCAACCAGCUGCUUGUGGAGAUGGACGGCUUCAACACAACCACCAAUGUGGUCAUCUUGGCAGGCACAAAUCGGCCAGACAUCCUGGAUCCAGCUCUUUUGAGGCCAGGCCGUUUUGACAGGCAGAUCUUUAUUGGACCCCCAGACAUAAAAGGACGAGCCUCAAUCUUCAAAGUUCACCUUCGGCCAUUGAAACUAGACAGUGCCUUGGAAAAGGAGAAAUUGGCUAGAAAACUGGCAUCCUUAACCCCAGGGUUUUCAGGAGCUGAUGUUGCCAAUGUCUGCAAUGAAGCUGCUUUGAUUGCUGCAAGACACCUUUCAGAUGCCAUUAACGAGAAGCAUUUUGAACAAGCGAUUGAGCGAGUGAUUGGUGGCUUGGAGAAAAAAACCCAAGUUCUGCAGCCCGAGGAGAAGAAGACCGUAGCUUACCACGAAGCAGGCCAUGCGGUCGCCGGCUGGUAUCUGGAGCAUGCAGACCCGCUCUUAAAGGUGUCCAUCAUUCCGCGUGGUAAGGGGCUGGGCUAUGCUCAGUACUUGCCGAAGGAGCAGUAUCUGUACACAAAGGAGCAGCUGCUGGACAGGAUGUGCAUGACUCUGGGUGGCCGCGUCUCCGAAGAGAUCUUCUUUGGAAGAAUUACAACCGGAGCCCAGGAUGACUUGAGGAAGGUUACCCAGAGUGCCUAUGCCCAGAUUGUCCAGUUCGGCAUGAAUGAGAAGGUGGGGCAGAUCUCAUUUGACCUCCCACGCCAGGGGGACAUGGUAUUAGAGAAGCCUUACAGUGAAGCCACGGCGAGGAUGAUAGACGAUGAAGUGAGGAUACUCAUUAAUGAUGCCUAUAAAAGAACUGUGGCUCUUCUCACCGAGAAGAAGGCUGAUGUAGAGAAGGUUGCUCUUUUACUGUUAGAAAAGGAAGUAUUAGAUAAGAAUGAUAUGGUUGAACUUCUGGGCCCCAGACCAUUUACAGAAAAAUCCACGUAUGAAGAAUUUGUGGAAGGCACCGGCAGCUUGGACGAGGACACUUCGCUCCCUGAGGGCCUUCAAGAUUGGAACAAAGAGCGGGAGGAGAAAGAGAAAGAGGAGCCCCUGAGUGAGAAGAUCGUCAGCUAGGCUCAGGGCUGGCCCUUACCUUGUCCUCCCAGGGCUUCAGCUUUCAGUUUCAGCAGCAGCAGCCCCAGUGCAAAGCCACCUGCUGACUGAGCCAGGCUGAGCAGAGGGCCUGCACUGCGCUUGCAGGAGUGCCAGCAACCCAGGCCUUUCAAGGGGACUCUCCUGCCCCUCAGCCUUGGCCUCACAAACAGUGGCCGGAACAGGAGAGAUGAUGACACCUGUCCUGUGGAAUCCUAUUCUGUGGUAGGAGAAUGUUUUCCCGUUACCUGCUCUCCAUUCUUCCUCCUUUGAUAUCUCUGCAGAAGUGCUGUAUAAAAUUCAGUUCGAGUCCUUUGAUUCAAGCAAAUAUUUUAAAAUUUGAAUUCAGAUCACUUAUUGCUGUUUCAAUAGAAUGGUUUUCUAUAGAGAACUAACAUAUUUAAAAACCUGAAUGUAUUGUGUAAAUAUGGAUUCUUUACAUCGGAAAUAAAAGGUGGACAUUGUACUUUU